AUGGGUGCACAUGAAUCAACCACAUCCCGCCUCGAGAGGGUACUACGAUAUCUCCUAGAUGAGCGCCUCUUAAACCAGGUUAAGACGAUAGAACAUCAAUGCGUACACCAUAGCAGUCAAGAUUGGAUUCUCGAUAUGGACGCCUGGUCUCAGCUAGAAUCCCUGCGCCAACUCCUUUGCCAAAGACAUGCCGUGCCAAAACUUCCAUCCGAUAUCUUGGACGACAUCGACGCUGUCAUCGCAAAUCAAAACAGCCAUAGUCUACUGAAACCUACGGCCUCAAUUCAAUCCACCGCUGUGAUCAAAGCAUCUCCAGAGGCUCACCCAGUUAGACUAUCAUGCUGGAAAGGCGAUAUCACAACCUUGACAGAUGUAACAGCCAUCGUCAAUGCCGCAAACGCCCAGCUUUUAGGAUGUUUCCACCCAAGUCACCGGUGCAUUGAUAAUGUGAUUCAUGCUACUGCCGGCCCUCGGCUCCGUGAUGCAUGUUAUUCUAUCAUGUCCGGGCAAAAGAGUCCAGAACCCAUUGGCUCAGCAAAAGUGACACCGGGAUUCCUUCUCCCGGCUUCAUAUAUCCUCCACACCGUCGGGCCCCAGCUUGACCCACAGGGAAGGCCAAGCGCAAUCCAUAGGUCUCAGUUGGCAUCAUGUUAUAAGUCCUGUCUGGACAGCGCAGAGUCCCUCCCGGCCCUACAAGACGGACGCAAAGUGAUCGCCUUCUGCUGCAUAUCAACGGGUCUUUUCGCAUUUCCCUCCGAGCUCGCCGUGGACAUUGCCGUCAAUACAGUGGUACAAUGGUGUCAGAAGAACCAAACAACAACAAUCACAGACAUCAUCUUCGACACAUUCCUAGAAAAAGACCAAACCCUCUACCAACAAACCCUCUCCUCCCUCAGCACCACCACUAGCCCACCAAUCCCUCGAACCGUCCCAACCCUCUCCAACCCAUCCCAAACCCUCCUCAAAGCCAGAACCUGGCUAAACGAGGCAACCCACCUCAUCAUCUCCGCAGGGGCAGGUCUCUCCGCCGCAGCCGGGCUAGACUACACCUCAAGCGCCCUCUUUGCCGCCCGCUUUCCAGCCCUGCACGCCAAAGGCCUCCGCAGUCUCUACGACGUCUUCGGCUACAAUCAAUGGGACAGCCCACUCCAGAAAUGGGGCUACUACUUCCUACACAUGAAUAUGGCACGCACAUGGCCGACAGAAAGAUGCGGUGUAUACAAGGCCCUGCAUGGGCUCGCAGCCCGGGUCCAGGGGCGAUAUUUCGUCCGCACAUCGAAUGCAGACGGCUUCUUUGCUCGGAAUGGGUUUGAUCCCGCGCGCGUGGCGACGCCGCAGGGUCAGUACCGUUACUUGCAGUGUUUGGAGAAGUGUCGUACUGAUGCGGUUUUCGAGGCGGGGCCAUUGGUUGAUGCUGCCUUGCCGUUUAUCGAUUCUGUUACGCAGUGUUUGGUUGAUGAGGGGUUUGUGCCAAGGUGUAAAUUUUGUGGGGGUGAGAUUACACUUUGUGUGCGUGGUGGGGAGUAUUUCAAUGAUAGGCCCUUUCGUGGGCUGGAAGGGAAGUGGGAGAGUUUUGUUGAAGAGGUUGUUGAAAACGGGGCUGGGGAGGAAAAUGACUCGCAAUGUACACGGGUUGUUAUUCUUGAGCUGGGUGUUGGGCUGAAUACGCCGGGUGUGCUGCGGUGGCCGAAUGAGGAUUUGGUUCGUAAUUAUGGGGAUCAGGGUGUGAAGUUAAUUCGGGCUGGGGUUGGUGCGUCUGGGUGUGUUGAUUGGGAAUUAGAAGAGAAGAACGCGGCAAUUGGAAUUUCAGGGGACUUGGGCGUUGUAGUCGAUGCUUUGAUAUGA